CUUAGCGACGGCAGUAAAAGAGUGGAGGCGACAUAGCCAUUACGACGUGGGAAUCUUACACUAGCCGGAAUGGCUGAAAAACGUCGGCCUGGAGUAAAGUUGAAAGACGUUAAGCCUAUCGCAGAAGAUGGGAAAAAUCUUUCUUCUCUCAAAUGUAAAAGCGACAAUGCCGUGGCAAAUGACACCAUAGCAGAUCGUAACAAAUCAAGAUUGUUUCACGUCAAACCACGAGAAAUAUCAGAGCAUGAGAGACAGCUUGCGGAAAUUGACAGUUCAUUCCGGGAAGUUGAACUGACAUUUGUUCAGCAUGUUAAAGAUGUGUCAACAGCUAAAGAAGAAAGAGUACAAGGCACCAAGAAUGAAGCUACCGAAGAUCAGAAAAGGACACAGAUAAGGAAUGAAAGAACAAAGAAAAAGAAAAGAAUAAAAAAGAACGCAGUAUUACCUCUAGAUGUUACGAAGUCGGGCUACUUAGAUAGAGAAAACGACGAAGAUCCAACGAAAGAAUUAAAUAUCGGAGAACCGGACACCAGGAAUGGCAAGAAAUCGUCAAAGAAGAAGUCAGAAAAGAAUAAGAAGAAGGAAGAAAAGAAAGAACCAGUUGCACAGACCACUGAAGCAAGUAGGGAACAACAGCAGGAAAUUGUUGCGGCCCCACGUGAGAAUGGCGAACAUGCAGACGAUAAAAGGAAAACAAGAAAGCUUCCCUCUUGUUUCGGCUUCAUAUCGACUCGGCUCGCAAUAAGGAAGCAGAAAAGACGAGACAAGAAGAAGAAAGCCAUUGCCAACAGAUACAGCCCGCUAAAACUGGUCCAAUAUGAGCACAAGAAGGCACGAGGAGGCGAAGCUUUCGUCGUAGAGGUUGAUUGCAGACCUAUAAAUAUACAGAAACCGCUCCUGCCACCCAUAAAACAGACUGCUGGACCUAUUCGCCGAGGAACUGACUUCCGGCUUCAAGCAGCCGAGGCAAGAAGAGCGAUAGAGUUAGCAAAAAGACGGGAAAAUGCAAGAAAUUAUGAAAGGAAAAAGACUGAGUGUAAAGAAAGAAAGGCUAACGCAGACUAUCAUUUCCGGAAGAAAGCAGAUCUAACCAUAAGAUAUAAACAGGCCGACGCAGAAAGGAACCGCAAUAACCUCAGCUGUCUCACAAUAGCGACCAGGACUGCAUCUAUCCAGUCAUCUUCCUGCGAAUCUUUGAUCAUUGAAAGUGACCCAAACGCCUUUAAAGUCGAUGAAAGUGAUGCAGACGCAUGGAAAAUCGACGAUUUCGACUGUAUCUCCAAUUAAAUUUUUAUACCGACCAGCAACAUCCUACAUACCUUUACUAUAUUUAUGCUGGUUGCAGGCAUGAAGUAGGCCUAAUAUCAUAACGCAAAAUAUUCUUGAAAUAAAGACUUUUAUUACAAAAUUAUAAAUUAUAAAUUCUUGGAAUCUG